GACGUCACGCAAGUAGUAUUAACGCCAUUUUGUAAGUGUCUACCAAAGUCAGUAUUUCUAGACACAGUGUAAUUUAUAAAAUUCGCAUGGUUUUGUGUAUAAUAUUUAGUUAAAAACAUCUAAAAAACCGAGUUAACGUCUUAGGCGUUAAUUUCACACAGUUUAAAUAUGGAGGACAAGGCGUCAUUAAAAGAACUGGAUCAAUGGAUAGAACAGCUAAAUGAAUGCAAGCAAUUGACAGAAAACCAAGUGAAAACGUUAUGCGAUAAGGCAAAAGAGAUUCUAACAAAAGAAUCCAAUGUGCAAGAAGUGAAUUGCCCAGUGACCGUGUGUGGAGAUGUCCACGGUCAGUUCCACGAUCUCAUGGAGCUGUUCCGCAUUGGUGGACGCUCCCCCGACACCAACUACCUGUUUAUGGGCGAUUACGUGGAUCGUGGAUACUACAGUGUUGAGACUGUCACAUUGCUUGUCGCCCUAAAGGUUAGGUACCGCGAGAGAAUAACAAUUCUUCGUGGCAACCACGAGUCCCGUCAGAUCACUCAAGUGUACGGAUUCUACGACGAAUGCCUUCGCAAAUACGGAAAUGCGUCCGUUUGGAAACACUUCACCGAUUUAUUCGACUUUUUGCCACUCACGGCGUUAGUGGACGGACAGAUAUUCUGUCUUCACGGAGGUCUCAGUCCCUCAAUCGAUACAUUGGAUCACAUUCGCGCUCUUGAUCGCGUACAGGAGGUGCCCCAUGAAGGACCCAUGUGCGAUCUCCUAUGGAGUGACCCUGAUGAUAGAGGCGGAUGGGGAAUAUCUCCCCGUGGCGCGGGCUACACGUUCGGUCAAGACAUCUCCGAGACGUUCAACCACAGCAAUGGGCUGACGCUGGUGUCCCGCGCUCACCAGCUCGUCAUGGAGGGAUACAAUUGGUGCCACGAUCGCAAUGUUGUCACCAUUUUCUCGGCGCCGAACUAUUGCUACAGGUGCGGGAACCAAGCCGCCAUAAUGGAAUUGGAUGAUGCGCUUAAGUACUCGUUCCUGCAAUUCGAUCCGGCACCGAGACGCGGCGAGCCUCAUGUUACGAGGCGGACGCCUGAUUAUUUUAUGUAGGCUACCUUGAAGCCGUAUUCCGAGCAGAAGUGGUACAAGAUCGCAGCCACAUUGUCGUCCGAACGCCCCCGCAUACGAUUUAUUUACCCCAUACCCCAAAAUACCUCAACCGGGUCCCUUGCCCCAAGCUCGGCCGUUUAUGGGUUCAAAACACAUUCAAUCUCAUUUUUUUUUCGUAAAUUUUACCAAAAUAUUUAUGUAAUUUUUUUUUAUCCUAGUAGAAAAAUUUUAUUUACCUUCAAAAAUGUUGUUUUCAGGAUUUUUAUACCAUUGUCUUGUUUUCUAAAAACUUGUUUAAACCAAUGAAAAAUACAAAAAUUAUUAUAACAUGUUCCGUUUCAUUUAAUGAGAUACGUUCAGAAUUGUUGUCUGCUAAAAGGUCACGUGUUUUCUUUAUGCAUUUUUAAUACCAAACAGUUGUGCCGUUAUUUCUCAAUUAUUUGUAAUAGGGCCAAAGAAAAGUAUGGUUUAAAUUUGAGCUUUACCAUAAUGAAGCUUUAUAAUUAUCAUUUUCGGACGAAUAGACUCGAAAAGGAUAUCUGUAAAAUUUCUGUUUUCUUUCUUUGUCUUUAUUUCUUUCGAUCGGUAUUGUGUUAAAAUUAUAAAGAACACACAUAAUCUUUUGUCUUUGAAAUGUCAUAGAAAAUUGUAAAUUACCCAUAAAUACGAAUUCGCGUGCGAAUGGCGUGCAGUAACAAAAUGGCGGGGGCGAUAUUGUAAUUUACCAGUGCGUAGCUUAGACUUGCCUUGCGUUAUGCUGGUAUGUUCAUUAAAUUUUAUACACGGACGGACAACGCGACACAAUUGUAUGUAUUAUUUAUGUAUCAAAUACAAGUUAGAACUCAUUAAAAACAUUUUAUAAAACUGAGUUUCAUUUCAAUCUAUGGACAUACCACAUACAGAGGGUGGCUCUAAAAUGUACUAGUGUGGAAAUUAUGUAUUUAAAAAAAAUUAUGUAUCGGUCGUACGCUUCGCACGAGCACAAUAAUGACGUACGUACGUCAUUAAUAAGCAUUUAACUUUUUGACGCAAACGCUGGUUACGAUGUUAAUUAUGAAAAUUGCGAACGCAUUGUGUCUACCCCCGAAAUAUGCAUUUUAUUCCUCAGGUACCUGUUUGUGGAGUUUUCAGUUUCGUAUUUGUACAUACCUAAAGAUCAAGUAGUAGGUUGUUAUAGUGUAAGCUCGGUAUUCAAUGUAUCAAACGCGGAGAACAAUAUAGAGUUUUAUAUGAAUAGAUCGUAAUGGUUGAGAACGAAACUUCUGGCAGAUGCGAUGCUCGACGAAGUUCUGUCAGUGCCAUUAUAUGAAUAAGCGAUCUUUUUCAAAUCUGCACUGAGAGCGUGUGUAUACAAAGAUUUUCCCACCAAUCGGACGCCACACGUUUCUUUGAUAAGUAUUAAGUUAUGUAAGUUAGGUAAAUAAAUAAAAAAUAACAAAAAAAUCUUCGAGCUCCAUUUGCGAGUCGCAAUCGUAGCUCGGUUCGUAUAAGGCUUUCCUGGCAAACGCUGAGAAUAUGUUAGAGCGAAAGAGUGCAAUGUUGCAAAUUGAUACAUUUACUAAAAUUAUACAGUGUUGGCAAUAAUGUCGGAUUAAAACAGUUUAUUCUUACAACUCUGUACUAUGACCGUAAAUAGGAAUUAGAUAAUAAAUAAAAUUACUUAUA